CAGUGACUCUACCGUGACUACAUCUCCCGCGUUUCCCCGCGCUCUCCACGCCUCAGUUCUGCUCCACCUUCGGCGCGUUGCCUGCUGGGAGAUGUAGUUUAUUGAAGCAUGGGCACCGCCUCGGAGUGUGCGAAGAGACUACGCUUCCCGUCGUUCCACGCGAGAAUAGCUUGGUGGGUUUUGGCGCCGGCGCCGUGCUUGAUUAUUAUUGUAGUUCCCAGAGCGGAUAAAGAUGGCGGCGGCUGCGGCCUCGGCUGGUCCCGGAGCCUCGGGCUCGGUGCGGGGCCGCUUUCCAGGCCGGCCGUGGGUUGGGAGGAGCGGCAGUCGAGUGGAGCGGACUCGCGUGACUUUCCAAGUGUCGCCCGAUGUGGGCUCCGCUGAGAACCCGGACUCGACUCACCUGCAGAUCCUCGGGCUGCACCGGAACCUGAAGCGGCUGAAAGGAGCCUGUGGCCGAGACAGUGACAGCGGAGAGGAAGACUUUGCGGGUUUCACCGCUGAAGAAAGUGCUCUUGGGAGCUCACUCCGAUUGGCUCUGAGAUCAAACAAAGAUAAAACGCCUGAACCAGCAACGACAAGCUCAUUGCCGAGCGCAGCACCCCCCAAAAAGCCACUAUGUUCCAUUCCACCGCAUCUAAGGCAUGUUUUCAUCCCUCAAAGGGAGAUCCGUGUGCAUCUCACUCAACUCGAUCCAUCACUGUUUAAUAUGGCAAAAUACUCAACCAUUAUUACCCGACCCAAGCAGGAAGAGGUCCCUGAUACCCCAGAAAAGCAGCACAAACCUGCAGAUCCCAGCACAGUAUCAGAACAUAAGCUACCUGCCUCUGAACCCCCAAAACAGAACGUGAGACCUCAGAGAGCAAGGACUCGUACAUGGAAGGCAAGUGCCUCUUUGGAUUUUCGACGCCAUUCCCAAACAGACCCCAGCCGAGAAGGAACCAAAUCUCCUGCUGAUGGCAAUACAACCGAUUGCAGUGAUGCUCCUUCUGCAGACACGAAAAGUGUGACUGACACAACAGACCAGCAGGAAGAGUUAAUUUAUAGAAAAAGAACUCUGACUAGUCAGGUUGUUGCCUCUUCUGAACGUGAUGGGGCUUCUCCUGUAGGAAGGUGUAGAAGAGAGAGGCAUGCGAGCCAGACCAAAGUGUCUGAGAAGGAUUUAUCUGCUUCACCAAACAAGGCUUGUACUGCUUUCAAAGAAGGACAGAGGGACACCCAGGUUCCUAGAGUAAAAUGGAAGCUUCGAGUAGGUUACAGGCAAGUGAAUGAGCUGGAAGCUGAUGCUUCAGAAGAAGAUGUGACCAUGUCUGUGGGCAAUGUGGAGGAUGGACUACAAUGUAAAGAAGGUCUAGCUUCUGAAAUAAACGAUGGCCACCCCUGUGGAGAAGCGGAGAACCUGGAGGCAAGUGAAUCUCUGAAAACAGAGGAGAGAUAUCGGUCAGACGGCUGUGGUACUGGGGAAGAGCAUAAAGCAGACAUGGGCUGUGGGUCUGAGGGAACGUUGCUACCUCCUCAUGAAGAUGGAUCUAGUUUUCCUGCCUCCUUUCUUUCUGCUGUAGCAACACAGGAAACGUCUGUGCCGGACCUAACUUCUACAGAUGAGAAAAUUGGUUUAGUUUCGGCGAUGGAGUCUCCCGCCUUGCCAGAUUCCACAUCCGCGUACCCCAACAACAAAGUCAAGAAAUUAAGCAACGGCGAAAAAGCAAAACUGCUGCGUGCCAAGAAGGCUGAACAAAUGGCCGCUAAAAAACUGCUGGCAAAAAUAAAGGAGGCAAAUCUGAAAGCCCAGCCCUGUAUGCAAGCUCGGUCUUCCAAGGAGACUGCACCAAGGAACCGCAACCUCUCAAAGAGAAUUCAGAGAAUCGUUGCGCCCGUGGCUAGUGCCCGCCCUUCACGGGUCAUUAAAGCACCUCGCCGGUUUCUUGAUGAGGCGGAGUUAUCUCCUUUUACAGAAAACCAAACCAAGGCCAACCCGGUGUUGCCUGAUGCUGAGGUCCUUAGUAACAGCUUGGCGGAGCCGGAAGUAAUAUCCGACCCACUUCCUUCUCCUACGGAAACGUUUUUGAAUCUGUUUAGUGAAGAUCAUCUGUGUUUCCUACCUCCCCUCUCACCUGAGGCAGAAUCCACACCCUCCUGCCCUUCUCCUGCUUCUUCUCCUACUUCAACUUCUCUUCCUCAAUCUCUUUCGGAGAGCAAGCGUAAAAACAUUCUUCGGGCACCUACCUUUUGUUGGAAUUCGGUUGGUACUGCUGACCAGGAAGCCCAAUCUACUCUGUGCUCCUCUAGACCUCUCUUUCGCCUGCAAUCUCCUGCCUCUCCACUAGAGCUGUUACAACUAAACUCUCCACAGUCUGCUCCAUCCUCCCCACCUCCUCAACCAGUUCCCAAAUCAGAACCUAAAAGGUCUCCCCUUCUCCGGGCAGCGCAGUUCACUCCCAGUGAAGCACAUCUGAAGAUCUUCGAGUCGGUGUCUUUCGAGGACCUGGAUAGCAAAGCAUCAUUUUCCCCUCUUGUUUCUAACCGGCAGCAUUAUGGAGACUUCACUUCAAGCACAACGGCCAAUGUCUCUGCACCAGAAACCAUGACUGCAUUGGUGGCCAAACAGAGCGAUGUGAAUGUAGGAGGUCGCCGGGCAAACCAUCUUUCCAUACCUAUGUUUGACUCUACGUCUGAGAGAGGGGAUGCUUUGUUGGCCACUGAACCAACACUAAAACCCUCUGAUCAAAAUCUCACAGAUCCAGCUGAGACGCUAAGCUUGGGGUACAAAAGUAUCACAUCCAAGAUGGGGAAGCGCAAGAUGGGAGCCAUUAAAUUGGGACAUAUGGACGGCCCUGGGGUGGUAUGUAAAAUGGCUAUCAAAUCGCCCACGGAGACCCUUGCCGAAACAGGAAUAUCUUCUGCAGUGAACGAUGAGACACUGUCUGGCACUGACAAAAAAGUAAUUUCUUUGAUAGAAAAAGCCAAGUUGCAGUUAAUACGGAUUGACAAGCAAAAGAAUUCUGAAAUGGGUCAGGAUUCACCAGUGCAGGGUCCACGGAUUAAACAUGUCUGCCGGCACCCAUCUGUUGCCCUUGGACAGCCACGAGCCAUGAUUCCUGAGGACAUCCCUCGAUUGAGUGCUCUGCCAUUGCACGAGAGAGAGCCCACUGAACCCUGCCCUGUAGACCAGCACGAAGAAACUUCCUCCGCCUCUGAGACAGAAAGCAGCACCGUAAAGCAGAAGAGAGCCGCCCCUGUACGUAGCAAGCCGAGGCCCCCAACGAAGGCAAGACUGCGCAUGGGUCGAUGUGGCGUUUGCAAAGGCUGCUUGGUGCAGGAUGAUUGUGGCAAGUGUGUCAACUGCAAGGACAAGACCAAGUUUGGAGGCCCAAACACCAAGAAGCAGUGCUGUGUGUUUCGGCAGUGUGACGCUAUUCUGGCACGGAGGCUGGAGAGAGCAGGAAAGAAAGGUCGUAAAGCACCAGCGCUAUCCCGUGACAAUUUUCCAGACUCUGACGACACCUACCCCGAUACCUGGAGGGCUGAAGAAACUGAAACCAACGAUCCAGAUUCUCUCUCUCAACGCAAGUCCUCCCGACGCUGCGUGAGACAGCGCCCGUUCUAUGAUCUUUUCCCCGAAUCCGAAGACUCUGACUACGAUCCUUCCCCCCGUGUCUCGCGCAAGAAAACCCGCAAAGAGUCAGAGCUUCUCCCUCAAGAGUCCGAGGAACAGAGCAAACCUCGUAAAACUCCCCAGCAGCCUCUGAUUCUUCGAGCUCGCAAGGGCCCAGAGCAAGAAUUCGUUGUGAAUGGCGGCUCUGGUAAAUUGAAGUCCGCGGAUGGGACUUACCGGUUGCGGGUUGAUUUUAAGGAAGACUGUGAUUUGGAAAACGUGUGGCUGAUGGGAGGACUGAGUGUCCUGACUUCUGUUCCUGUCAAACCAUCACUCAUGUGCCUACUGUGUGCCAGCAGAGGGCAGCACAAGCUGCUGUACUGCCAGGUCUGCUGUGAGCCGUUCCACAACUUCUGUUUGGAGGAGUCCGAGCGCCCGCUGCCCAAUCAGGAAGGAACGUGGUGCUGCAGACGCUGCAAGUUUUGUAAUGUGUGUGGGCAGAAGGGAAAGGCAAAAAAGCCCUUGCUGGAAUGUGAGCUGUGCCAGACAAACUACCAUGUCAACUGCCUAGGACCCAAUUAUCCUCUCAAAGCUCCUCGUAGCGGAAAAGGCUGGACCUGCUCAGCCUGUGUUCGCUGCAGAAGUUGUGGGAUUGCCCCGGGGAAAGAUGACCACCUGGAGUUCUCCAACGAUGGCAAGCUCUGCGGGGAGUGCAGCACACUCUACGACAAAGGAAACUUCUGUCCCAUUUGUAUCCAUUGCUACGAAGAGAGCGAGUACGAGAGCAAAAUGAUACAGUGUGCAAAGUGCGAUAAAUGGGUUCACUCCAAGUGCGAGGGGCUUUCUGAUGAAGGCUAUGAGAUAUUAUCUAACCUAUCUGACAGUGUGGUGUACACGUGCCCCCCUUGUCUGGGCAACGGCAGCCCAAUAUGGCGGGAAACGAUGCUUUCAGAACUGACUGCCGGGCUCCAUGAGGUUCUGCAGGGAUUGCUGACAUCUGAACUUGCUGCUUCUCUUCUACAUUGUGCACAGAGCUCAGAUGGCAGUCGCUGUGGGAAGUGUCAGCACAGUCCAUGUGACCUACACUCGUUGCGGCAGCUCUUGGAAGAUGGUCAAUACAGUUCUGUAAGCGCUUUUAAUGACAGCGUGGCCUAUAUCAUACGGAAGGGGGUGACGGAAGAGAGCUAUGGCUCUGAAUUAGACGGAGAUGUUUUAAAGAGCUUGUAUUUAAAGAGUAUGGAGAAAAGCUUCACCUGGUUCAAUGCUGAAGAGUCGGAGCACUGGCAGAGCAACUGCAAAACGGAGAGCAAAGGCAUUCUUCCUAACGCUGUUCUGCCUCCUUCCUCUGAUCAUAACUAUGCCAACUGGAGGAUAAAGAUAGAGGAUCCGCCCAGCGAGGGAAUCCUACAGAAAACUGCUUCACCGGCUAAAGUGAAACUGGAAAGUGAUGCAGAAGCUGCUGGAGAGACGGAUACACGUCAGUGUGCUCUCUGCCUCAAGUACGGAGAUGAUGAUCCUAAGGAUGCCGGAAGACUGUUGUAUAUUGGCCAGAAUGAUUGGACCCACAUCAACUGCGCUAUAUGGUCAGCUGAGGUUUUUGAGGAGAAUGAUGGCUCUUUAAGAAAUGUUCAUGCUGCUGUGGCUCGUGGGAGGCAGUUACGCUGUGAUAAUUGCCAAAAGACUGGUGCUACCGUCGGCUGCUGCUUAUCCACCUGCCAUAGUAACUUCCACUUCAUGUGUGCCCGGGCGAGCCGCUGCUGCUUUCAGGAUGACAAAAAGAUGUUCUGUUCAAAGCACACAAAGCUACUAGACGGCACGCCCGUAGAAGAGGAUUGCUUCGAUGUAUUGCGCAGGGUCUAUGUGGACUUCGAGGGGAUCAGCUUUAGAAGGAAGUUUCUUCAGGGACUGGAGCCUGAGAAUAUCCAAAUGAUGAUUGGUUCCAUGAAGAUUGACAGUUUGGGAAUGCUCAAUGAUCUGUCUGUCUCUGAAGGGAAGAUUUACCCCGUGGGAUAUCAAUGUUCUCGGCUCUAUUGGAGCACACUGGAUGCACGGCGGCAAUGCUGGUACAAAUGCAGAGUCCUUGAACACUGUCCAAAGUCUGGUGAGACCCAUCCUGAGGGAGAGGAGGGACAGGAACAGAACAAGACCAUUAUUCAUAAUCCUGGGCCUUCAACAGAUCCCUUAGAGACAGAAGCAGCUUUCAGCCCUCCUCUUCCCGCAGAUUCAUCCUCUUGUGGGCAGCCGCCAUCACUUCAGCCAAACACCGGUGCAACGGCACCUCGCUCUUUUAUUGGUGCACGUAUAAAAACUCCAAACUACUCUCCAUCACGACGCCCUCUUGGGGGUUCAUCCCGACCUCUACCGUCUCCAGGGAGCCCAACGUCCUCUUCAUUAUCACAUCAUAUCCUCACUGUCAGUGAUCCAGAGGUGACUCCGCUUCGUAGGACUCGCAGGCCAAUCCCUCCUUCUCGAUUUAACGCCCAAUCGUCAGCUCGCUCUCCUGAAGAAGCCACCAACCCACCUACAGUCCUGGCUCGUCCCCUGACUCUGCAACGUACUACUUCUAAGAACAAGGUCCCAACUCCGGCCUUAUGUGGUGGGGACAUUGAGGUGGAAGUGAUGUCAUCGCUGGAUGGAGGCCUGGUGUCGGGACCCUUACAGUGCGGCGCCCAACUGAUUGUGGGGACGGAACCUCCAGUUGAUGAGUCUGAGGGUGACGGCAGUUCAGAGGAGGAUGCUGAUGACCAAUACUACGGGUUAACACGAACAGUUGUCUCUGGUGAUCAGAUACAUUCUUUGGCAUCCUCUGCUCAUAUCCAGCAGCUAGAUGGAAUCCAUGAUAGCACAGACAGUGAGGAUGGGUCCCAAGGUCCCUGUGGCCCCGUUGGUGGAGGAAAAACUCCUUCCCGCAUUCAAUCUGAGAUUGUGGAAUUUGUGCUUAAGAACACGGGUAAUUCUGAAUCUGGAUCUAACCUACAGCUGCAUCAUAUUGGUCCACCAGCGUCUAUUGCCUCCUCUUCUUCCUCUUCCACACAAAAUGGAGAUGCCACUCCGCUCUCCAACGGCACCAGCACUGCAGCACACCAGCAAGGGGGCCCUCCGCCUCUUAGGGACCCACCACAGGUGCAAAGAGUGUGUCACCCGCUGAUCUCUGUUGCUACAAAGAACACUUACGUCUCCCCUGAUGCCCCUCCAGUGACAGUGAAUGCUCCGGCAUCCAAGGUUAUUUUGAUUAAUAAGAUGGGUCAGAUGCUGGUGAAGGUCGAGAAUGGAAACACGGAGCAGUCGCUGGGUAAUCUCCCGCUGCUGAAAGACACUUCCAGAGCAGUUGCGCUCCCAAAGCUUCCUCCUGUAAAACCUGUUAAAGUCGCUCCAAAAAAUGCCAAAAAUCCUCUUCCCAGUCUUCCUCAAUCUCCAGCGCUUUCCCCUUCCAUGAACGCCCUUAUCUUGCAAGCGACUGCAGCCUCAUCCAUUAAUCCAGGCCAGUCAUGGACUCUGAGUGCACCGGUGGUGCGUGUUGUGCCAAUGCUAAAUGUAAUGCAGGGUACAGGGCAAAUUACUCUGGGCACUCAAGCACUAAUGACCCCAGCAAUCACUGGAAUCCCUCAGACUUGUCUACUGCAAAACCUACCCUUAAAUCGUGGAGUUUUGGGUGUCUCUUCCUCGGUGCAGCAACAGCCUCCGCUGAAACCUGCCCCACAAUCCCAAGUGCGUGUCCAGCCGCAGAUUUCAGUGCUCCAACCUGCGCCCAUUAGGGUGGUGUCUCUCCCUUCCCUGUCUCUCAAGAGACAACGCUUACCCAACAGCAGUUGCUCCCCUGUCAAGAAACUAAAACUGAAACAAGAUGGACCCAAAGUGGAAGACAAAAUGGACACUUAUGUGAUGAGCAGUUCAGUGGUGCUAAAUGCUGACCAUGCUUCCAGCUCAGUGGCCAGCACACGACUAAAACGGGCCAGAGUCAAGGCUCCCAUGAUGCUGGAAGUCCCCUCUCUGAAAGAAGAGGAGCCGAGUCUGAAUGACGGGCUAUUUAUUGAUCUUACGCUUGCCGUGAAAGAUGAAAACUCCCAAGAGGAAACCCCGGUGGAUUCUCCUUCCUCUACGCCACCUCUAGAAUACAUUCCAGAUUUUGAGAACGUAAAAUGCCAGGAAGAGAAGAAGAGUUCUCUGCCGAGGAGAGAUGGACCCUAUCUGCGCUUUGAAAUCACCAGUGAAGAUGGAUUCUGCAUCCAGGCUGACAGCGCAGAAGAUGCUUGGAAAGCUGUUGUGGAGAAGGUACAAGAGGCUCGCGGUGUGGGGAAGCUACAACACUUGUCCCUUUCAGCUAGUAUGAUCGGGACCCGCAUGUUUGGAGUCCAGCACGACGCCGUGCUUUUCCUCCUGGAGCAGCUGACUGGCGCCGAGAGAUGUCGUGGCUACAAAUUCCUCUUUCAUCCUCAAGAGGUAGAAGAAGGACAAAUUUCUAUUAACCCCUCUGGUUGUGCCCGCAGUGAGGUCUAUGUCAGGAAAUCCACAUUCGACAUGUUCAACUUCCUGGCUUCUCAGCAUCGCACGCUGCCAGAGAUAGGUCCCUGCGAGGAGGAAGAGGAGGAGGUGCAGUUAAAAUCCACCAGGCGCGCCACCAGUCUGGAUCUGCCAAUGGCAAUGCGAUUCCGCCAUCUGAAGAAAACCUCUAAAGAGGCAGUUGGAGCGUACAGGUCUGCAAUCCACGGCAGGGGUUUGUUCUGCAAGAGAAACAUAGACGCAGGAGAAAUGGUGAUAGAAUAUUCCGGCAUCGUUAUCCGUUCUGUACUGACUGACAAAAGAGAGAAGUUUUAUGACAGCAAGGGCAUCGGGUGCUACAUGUUCCGCAUUGACGACUUUGACGUGGUGGAUGCGACGAUGCACGGGAAUGCGGCGCGUUUCAUUAACCACUCGUGUGAGCCGAACUGCUACUCCCGGGUCAUCCACGUGGAGGGACAGAAACACAUUGUCAUCUUUGCGCUUCGCAGCAUUUACUGCGGGGAGGAGCUGACUUACGACUACAAGUUCCCCAUUGAGGACGCCAGCAACAAGCUGCCCUGCAACUGCGGCGCCAAGAAGUGCAGGCGAUUCCUCAACUGAGCCUUGCUGUGCAACAAGCCACGCCCCCUGGGUGGGUGCAGGAGUCAGAGCGGAGGUGCUGGCACUUCCUUAUAAUUAGCCCCGCCUCGGGAGACCCCACUGCAGAUGGACGUCGGGGGGGGGGGGGGUCUCUCAUUGUGCAGCUGGCUGUGACUUUUUAUGUCAUGAAUCUUAACUCGCAUUUCUAGAGGGGAUCGGGGGGGCGUAUUAAAGGAAAAAACGCACUUUACCCUCUGUUCUGACUGUCCCUUCAAUCGGGGUACAUGGCAAUUUAGGGGGGUCUCUUCUCCUUCCUCUCAGGGUAUUCUCUAGUUUGUGCUCUGGAUUCAGCUUCGACUUUGCUGCUACUUUCGUUAUGUUCCAAGUGUCUGUUAGAGUAGGGUAGCAACGGAGCUCUCCAAGGCCAAACAGCAAGGACAUCAAAUAAUCCUUGGCUUCUGGGGGAUCAGUACAGUCUUCCCCCUUUUUAUUAUGGAGAAAAGACCCCC